AUGGCCGGGUUGGACGGUGCAGAACCAGCUCCAAGCACCCAUCAUGUGAAAUCUGCUCCGAUAACAGUCCGGGAGUGGAGGGGCAACGUUGUCGGGGGUCGAAAGAACACUUCUACUGCUUGGAGUGUCUACAAAACCUGGCUCAGAGUACAUUCGACAGCGGCGAAACCACGAUUCGAUGCCAGAUAA